AUGACCCAAAGCAAGAAAUUAAGGGGAGAACUAGGAACACAUUAGAGAGAAGAGUUUGAGAAAAAAAAGAAAUGGGUUUAUUGAAGCAAGGUUUUGUGCCAUGGUUGGUAGGGGUUUUGUUUCUAAUUAGCCUGCUCUUUUGCAGGGCAGACGUCCAUCACUAUGAGUUCUUUGUGCGAGAAUCAAACUUUACGAAGCUCUGCAACACAACUACACUGCUGGUCGUAAAUGACAGCUAUCCUGGGCCUGAGAUUCGGGUUCACAGAGGUGACACUGUCUACGUUAAUGUCCACAAUCAAGGAGACUAUGGCUUUACCAUUCACUGGCACGGUGUGAAACAACCAAGAAAUCCAUGGUCAGAUGGUCCUGAAUUCGUGACGCAGUGUCCGAUUCAACCUGGAACAAACUUCACUUACGAAGUCAUAUUAUCUGAUGAAAUCGGAACUCUGUGGUGGCAUGCCCACAGUGACUGGACUCGUGGCUCCGUUCAGGGUGCCUUUGUCAUUUUACCGGCUGAGAAUGAAACUUAUCCAUUUCCCACGCCUGAUGCUGAUCAAACAAUCAUACUUCAAUCAUGGUACAAUGGAGACUACAAGCAAAUUAUCGAUGAAGCACUUGCAACCGGUACUUCUCCACGCCAACCAGAUGCUUACGCUAUCAGUGGACAUUUAGGAGACACAUAUGGAUGCCCCAACGAUACAAUAUUCCGUAUGCAAGUUGAUUACGAGAAGACAUAUCUUCUCCGCAUUAUCAAUGCUGCAAUGAAUGAAGAGAAGUUCUUUGCCAUUGUAAACCACAACCUCACAGUCGUUGCACAAGAUGCUUCCUAUGUUCAAAGGUUUACAAGUGACUAUUUAUUGAUAAGCCCUGGACAAACCAUGGAUGUUUUAGUCUAUGCAAACCAAAACAUUGGCCAGUAUUACAUGGCUACUAGGCCUUUCUCCGAUAGCGCUGCUCCACCUAUCGACAAUAUCACUACUGGUGUUUUUUAUUAUACAAACAGUGUGGGUGGAUUGAAUGCUUCCUUAAUAACGCUGCCUGCAAUAAACGAUGCAAAUGCUUCAAAUAAUUUUGUCAGCCAAAUUCGGAACGCAAACGUCACACAGAAUCCACCAUUGAAGGUGCCGACGGAUAUUGAUAGACGAGUCUACAUCGCAAUCGCCACAAACAACUUGCCUUGCAACACCUCAGAAUGUCUCAAUUCUGUAAGAUUUGCUGCAAGUUUGAACAAUGUCAGCUUUCUUUUCCCACGUAUUGACAUUCUCCAAGCAUACUACAACAGGAGCACCAAUGGUGUUUUCACCGAAGAUUUUCCCCUUGAACCACCAGUAUUCUAUGACUUCACUGGAAACUUGACUGUUUUAGGAAGGGCUGCUGAUGAAGGCACAAGGGCUGUCGUGCUAAAUUAUGGUGAAGCAGUUGAGAUUGUGCUCCAAGCAACCGAGCUUGGUGCUGGUGGAAGUCAUCCAAUUCAUUUGCACGGUUUUAGCUUUUAUCGGGUCGGAACUGGUUUUGGAAAUUUUAACAAUGUGACUGACCCAAGCUCUUACAACCUGGUUGAUCCACCACUCAUUAACACUGUCCACGUUCCUCGUCGAGGAUGGGCUGCCGUCAGAUUUUUUGCAAAUAAUCCUGGGGUGUGGUUUAUGCAUUGUCAUUUUGAAAGGCAUAGUAGUUGGGGUAUGGACACUGUUUUCAUUGUGAGGAAUGGAACCACCGCAGAAACAAGCAUCCUUCCACCGCCACCUGGCAUGCCUCGGUGUCCUGGAACCUAGAAGUAGGAUAACUUCUGGAUCUAUAUUUUUAACAACCAAAUCGAUCAAAAAAUAAUGUUAAAUAAGAUUCUCAUUUGUUGAAAUGUAACUUAAUAAUCCAUACAUUAUUUAUGCAAUCAUUGCAGAGAAGAUUUCA